AUGGCAGCGGAUAUAUAUAAAGAUUUCCCAUCGGCUAAAGAAACGAUUGACGAGUGCAACGAUAUUCUUGGUGGUGGAUUACGUGAGAUGAUGUUCAAAGGGCCUCAUGAGGAUCUCAUGCUGACACCCAAUGCGCAGCCAGCCAUCUUGUGUCAUUCUAUUGCUAUUCUUCAAGUUCUUCAAAAAGAAUUUGGAUUUGAUAUCAACUCCUGUAAAUAUGCACUGGGUCACAGUCUUGGAGAAUACUCUGCCUUGGUUGCCACAGGUGCCUUAUCUUUCAAGAAUGCCUUGAAGCUUGUGAGAUUGCGUGGUAUUGCUAUGCAGUCGUGCGUUACUGAUACACAGACAUCGAUGCGUGCACUAGUAGUUGCAAAAGGCUAUCUAGCAAAUGUUGAGCAAGAAAUGCUCGAGAUUCAAAAAUCUAUGCCAAAGGGUGAAGUGGCUCAAAUAGCAAACAUCAAUAGUCGAUCACAGAUUGUAUUGAGUGGGACGUUAAAAGGAGUCGAGUAUGCGGAAACAGUGUUGCAACUCAAAGGAUAUGCUGGAAGAUCACUCGCGUUGCCAGUAUCAGCACCAUUCCACUGUAGCUUGAUGACACCGGCAACAAAUGUUUUGGGUCCAGCUCUUGAAGAGGUUUCUUUUUGCCAACCCAAAGUUGACGUGAUUGCCAACGUUACAGCCAAACCGUAUGUGAGUUCAUCUGAAAUUGGCUCCAUGUUGAAGAAUCAAGUUACGCAGACUGUUCAAUGGGAGAAAUCUGUUCGGUAUGCCAAAGAAGUCGGAGGAGUCUCCAACUGGAUAGUUAUGGGUCCUCUGCGUGUACUUUCCAACUUGCUUCGCAAGGAUUAUCCGAAAAACACCAUAAGACCAAUGUGGACAUCUGAAGAGAUCAAGGCAUAUAAGCAAUAAACUAUAUUCUUGAUGUAUUUACAA